GUAUUAUUCGAACGUCGUUCAGACGUAUCGAGCCUCCUCUGGCAGUUCUUCUUACUCUCCGCGUCAUCCUAAGGCCGUUGUUUUUCCUAUAGCCAAAGACAAAGGGAAGGAUGCAGCUGCUGCCGAGGACGAGAACGUACCUGCUACUCCCCACUAUUCGUCAAAGGAUAGGGUGGCUAUAUGCCGCAAGGUUUUUAAGGCCGUCCCCGCAGAGUAUGUUGCUUCUCUUCCUGGCCGCAAGACUGACGCCCAGUUUGGUGCGAUCCAGGCCACUCUUCUCGACUUGUUCUGCCGCAUGGAAUUCUGCAAGAGUUGGAAGACCCGCACUGCUGAGGAGCUCAAAGCUCAGGUGGCUGAGUCCACCCACCAUGGCGACUAUGCGUUCAAGUCCAUUGAAGAGGUCCGCCUGCAGAUGCAGACGACCAUAGACCUUCAAGCGAAGGAGGUGGCUGCGUUGAGAUCUGACAAGGCCGAGCUGCUUAAGAAGAUCUUGGCGCAGGACAAGGACAUGGUGGCAAUGGUCGAGGAGGCCAAGACAGCGGCGGCGGAAAUACGGGCGCUUCAGGACCAGUUGCGGGAGUACCCUCAGAUCAAAGAGGCGGCUGAGGAAGCCGAGCAUCUUCGUGGGGAGCUGGAGACGGCCAGAUCGCAAGUUCGCACCUUGCGUGAGCGUCUUCUGGAAUCCUAUGAUCAGGGGGAACAAGCGACCAAGGACGCUGUUAAGCACGCCUGGGAGAGCCACAUGUCAGAGUAUGAUCUUGGGUGGUUCCAGCGGCGAAUGGAGCACAGUGCCGCUGUGUUGGCUGCUGAACGUCUUGGUCAGCCGCCCCCUGAGUUUGUAUCAUCUGAUGACGAGGACGAUGCGGCCGCUCCCUGAUUUGCUUCCUUUCCUGCUUUUUUAAAAUUUUAUUCAAGCGUUCCCGUG